UCAUAAAUCUAUGCUUUUUAAUAUCCCAGCUUGUACGUUGUACCUUUCUCGUGCCACUGGAUCGUGUGAUUGUGAAAGUUAGAAUUGAAUAUGUUUCUCAAAAGCUACAGAGUAUGGCAUUGUGUCAGGAAUGUCUUAAGAUACACACAUGUACAAUCCAUGGUUAGAAAUGACAGCAUAUCUCCACAUGCAAAUCAAGUUGUGAAGUUACUUGAGGACUACAAGUAUGGGUCAAGCCACAUAUGCCUUAAUGGGAAUGACUUAACUAUCAGUGAUAUUCAUAGCUUCUUUACUCACAAGUUUCGUUCAGUUAGCCUGACCAAUAAAGCAUGGAAAGCAAUCAAGAACAGUUAUGAAUACCUUGAUUAUAAACUAUCCAAGGGCGUAUGUGUCUACGGUAUAAACACAGGUUUUGGUGGAAGUGCUAAUGUAAGAUAUGAAAAAGAUGCUGCUGUAAAUGCCACCUUAAUCACUCAUUUGAAUGCUGGCUUUGGGCAAGAGUUACCUUUACCUUUAGUUAAAGCUACAAUGAUAACCCGAGCUAACAGUAUUGCGCUUGGUUAUUCUGGUGUCCACAGUAAUGUUGUUGAAUUGCUUCUUGAACUUCUCAAUAAUGACAUCAUACCGUAUGUUCCAAAAAGAGGAUCAAUAAGUGCCAGUGGUGAUCUUAUGCCUACAUCUUAUAUUGCUGCUUGUCUGGAAGGUAGACCUAAUUGUAAGGUGAAUGCCAAAGGUGUUGACACUAUUGCGCCUGUGGCUCUUAAAGAAGCAGGACUUUCACCUGUUGUACUUACAGGCAAGGAUGCUUUAGGUGUUGUCAAUGCUUCCUCAUUUUCAGCUGUGCUUGCUGCUGAAAUUUUAUUCAAAGGCAAUGUAGCUAUUUUGUUAACUCAAGCAGUUGUGGCUAUGUGCGUGGAAGCACUACAAGGUCGUCUGGAAUCAUUUCAUCCUUUGAUACAUCAGAAAUGUCUUCCUCAUGUUGGACAACAGGAGGUUGCUAGUAAUAUCUUGAAGUUUCUGAAUGGUACGAAAAUGGCAAUCUCCCAGCCUGAAAUUGAAAGAGGCUCGCUUGAAGGUGAACUGCGUCAAGAUCGUUAUGGACUGCGGACAUCCCCGCAAUGGUUAGGACCUGUUUUGGAAACAGCAAUGGAGUCUAUGAGAAGAGUUAUCAUUGAACUAAAUAGUUCUAAUGACAAUCCUAUUAUUGAUUGUGAAGAUGACCAAAUUUUGCAUUGUGGUAAUUUCCAAGGUUCUUCUUCUGCUGUCGCAAUGGAUCAAUUUCGACAAAGCUUGCAACUUUGUGGUAAACUUCUUUUUGGUUUGAUGUCGGAAAUAAUGGACUGCAAUAUGAACAAUGGACUGACUCCUAACUUGUGUGGUGGUAAUCCAAAUGUUGAUAUGGGUUUCAAGGGAACUGAAAUUGCUAUGGCAGCCUAUACAUCAGAGUUAGACUUUCUAAACAGUCCAGUUUCUAACCACGUUUUAAAUGCAGAGAUCAGAAACCAGACUGUCAAUUCACUUGCUUUGAUUUCAGCCCGCAUGUCUGAGGAUGCUCUUGAAAUCUUUCAAAUGCAACUGACCAAUAUCUUGCGAUCUCUGGUGCAAGCUGUGGAACUACGUUGGCUCAAGGCUGAAGUGGAAUCAAUCAUCUCCGACUUACUACCAGCUGAUAGCACAUGCGUGAAUCAAGCUGUGUUGUUCAAGUUAGUUCCAUGGUAUCAGUUUUUCAGCUGCCCGCAAGAUGCCAUCAAUCAAGUUACCAACAGCGUUCCUGGUAUUAAUGUUGCUCAGUUAAAGAAUGGUUUUCUUCAGAGAAUAGAGAGAGAAAUGGAUACCUUGAGGGACGGUUUGAAGUCGGGAGUACUGGUACAGCAGAUUUCCCAGAAUAUGGGACAAGGUACCCGGCUCCUGUAUGUAUUUGUGCGAGAAACACUUGAUAUACGUUUCGAUGAUGGGGAAGAAACUUUGGACACAAGCUUGGAGACUAUAUAUGAAGCUAUGCGAGAUGGUCGACUGGAUGACGUAAUACUAACACUAGCUUAUCUUACCAAAGACUGUUCUAUUGAACAGGAGAGUAUACUAUAAACCUAUAUGUAUUUAUUUAUUUUUUAUAAUUUUAUUUGUAUGACCGUAUUUAUAUCCGUAUUGUUAUUGUAUAUCGUAAAAAGAUUAA